AUGAAGCGCUUCGCCGACAGAGCCAAGACACAUCCGACCGGCUUAGCUAUCAAUCGAGAUCCAGUCCAGAUGGUUCUUCCGCGAGAGCCCAUGGACAAAAGUUGUUUGGAGCAAGGUGAAGUCUCAGUUAACGCACCUUCAUGCCUCAGUAUUUCUAGUCUAAAGAAGCGAACCCUGUGGGAUCUUCCGAUAUGGAAAUGGGAAGCAAUGGUUUUGGCUUUAGUAUCAGGACACUUAGUAUCAAGUUGUGUGGUUGGGUUGUCGUCAAAGUGGUCGAACGGGUUUUCCUACUGCACAGGAGGGUUCUGUACUUCAUCUACGGACUAUGGAGGGCGCAAUAAGUACAAUGCAGGGGAGGAGGAAUGUGGCGAUGCCUCCAGGACAACAGAGUUGCAGCAUGUCAACGCUCCUUCAAAUGAUCUCAGAGAGAGACUUCUACCGAAAGGUGACAGAUCGAUGAAGAGUGGAAGAUCAACAGACCAUCCCAAGAUCGGAGGAAGCGCAGAUUUAGCUGGAAGGAGGAUUAAUCAGAAGAGCGCGUUGGCUUUGAAUAUUGGGAGGAUGAUGGAUAUCAUUCAGCACGAGACUCUAUCGACUCUGGAUGAGAAGAUACUGGAUUCAAACUUGGAAGAUGGGUCUUCGAUGGAGAUCGGAAAUGAGGGCCAGGCAAAAGAGGUGGCCAAGAAGAUUUUUCUCAAUGUGGCCAAACCUGGGUCCAAGCAGAUUUGUAAGGAUGACCUGAUGCAAUUCAUGAACAAGGAUGAAGCUGCGAAAAUCAUAAACCGUGCUGCUCCAGGAAAACGCGUAAUUGACGAGACAUCUCUUGAAAGUUGGGUGAUUAAUGCCUUUAAAGAGCGCAAGGCACUUGCGCGAUCUCUCAACGACACCAACACAGCUGUCGACGACCUCCACAACAUGCUUAACGUUUUAGUGGCUAUCAUCACUGCCGUUAUCUGGCUUAUCAUACUUGGAGUCCCCAUCAUGCAGUUCCUUGUCUUCAUAAGCUCGCAGUUCCUUUUGUUGGCCUUCGUUGGAAUAGCUGCAAGAUGGUAUUCGAAGCAAUUAUCUUCUUAUUCGUGA